AUGGAGCGACUUGGUCGUGUGUGGACGCGACUUUCCGUGCGUCGACCCACUUUGCCGACUGUUGAACCACCAGAAGAAGAUGACGACGAUGAACUUCCGCACACGAAGAAUGCUGUAUUCGAGAUGUUCUCGCAUUCCACUGCGUCAAAACAUCGUCAGUCGGAGCUUUCCAGCUCUCCACGUGAAAGAGGCCAAUCAGAAUGUGGAGGGCAAUCUUCCAUACCUCAGCGAAAAUUGCGCUCACCGCUUCCAACAAGGAGCGGUAACAUGCCGAUAUCGGGCUCAAAAUCUACAUCGGAUGCUGGAGAGUCCCCCUCAGGAUCGAAAGGAUUAGCAAUUCCGAAGCAUGGCGCUCCACUCGGGCGCUCUGCUAGCUUUACCGAGGAAUCUACCAGUGUAAUGCAUAAUCCUGCAUCCGUACAAAGCGUAGUGAGAGAUGUAAGUCAAGGUCGAAUUACGAUCUAA